UUAAAUUAAAUGAUUGGAACUGUACGACUUUCUUUCUGUAUUUAGGCAUCGUACUAUUUUCACCUUCUGUUUCUUUGGUGUAUAUAUGGAACGAAAAAAGAUAAGAGAAUUUGGACAAGGUAUCUUCUUCGUGAGCUACAUUGAAGGAGAGAAUAAAUAAAUAUGGGGAAUAAAGGAAACCUCGGAUAUUUAAUCUUCUUAUGGGCUACUCUCGUUGCAGUAGUCGCCAUGGCCACCGAGCAGCGUCCCUUUGAGCGGACUAAGGGCAUCAAUGGUCUUGAGAAGAUCAUCGUCCGUGACGAUCAUGGCAGAUCUUUUGAGGUAUAUAUGUAUGGAGGUCAAGUAGCUUCUUGGAAGAAUGAAAAAGGAGAGGAGUUACUUGUUAUGAGUAGCAAGGCUAUAUUCAAUCCUCCAACACCAAUUCGUGGAGGAAUUCCAAUAUUGUUUCCGCAAUACGCUAACACUGGUCCACUUCCCUCACAUGGGUUUGUCAGACAAAGGUUCUGGGAAAUCGACACUAAUCCACCUCAGUUGCCAUCAAACUCUUACUAUAAAGCUUGGGUUGAUCUAAUUCUAAGGCCAUCCCAAGAUGAUUUGAAGAUCUGGCCUCAUAAGUUUGAGUAUAGACUAAGAGUACAUUUGGGACCUGAAGGAGAUUUGGUUUUGACAUCUCGUGUUAAGAAUACUGAUGUAAAGCCGUUUAACUUCACAAUGGCUCUUCACCCCUAUUUCUCUGUUUCCGAUAUCAGUGAAAUCCAGGUGGACGGAUUGCAGAACUUGGAUUAUCUUGACCAACUAAAGAAGAGAACACGUUUCACUGAUCAUGACAAGUCUAUAACUUUUAAAUCUCAGUUUGACAGGAUAUACCUAAGCACUCCAAAUGACAUCAGAAUCGUGGACAAGAAGAAACAAAAGACAAUUGUUGUACACAAGGAGGGACAAGUUGAUGCUGUGGUGUGGAACCCAUGGGAGAAGAAAGUGGAGGACUUGGGAACUGAAGACUACAGGCGUUUUGUAACGGUGGAAAGUGCAGCGGUAGAGAAACCGAUCAUAGUGAAUCCAGGACAAGAGUGGAAAGGAAUACUUCAAAUGAGUGUGGUUCCUUCGAGUUGAUGAUCCAGUAGAAAGCUUGAUAUAAAGAAAGUCAUGUAUUCAUAUUUCCCCUCAUACUAAAAAAAAAGUAUAUAAAAAAGUAUACUUAUUAUGUCAGGAUCCAAACCAGACAUUUUUUGUAAAUUUCAGAAUCCUGUAAUAAACUCUAAGAGAAAAAAAGU